AUGGAUCCCUUUGGCGACUUCGCUCCCGCCAGACUUAUCAUCGAUCUUGGAGCUGUAUUUUUUCCCUCUUCGCGAAGGGCAGGGCCCCCCGACUAUGCGGAGUGGAAGAAAUGCGUCCGUCUCGGCAAGGACAAGAAAUUCCAUGGCGUCUGGGAUAUCCCCCUCAUCGGGGAUGGGGAGUGGGACUCACACACCAAUGAACUCGUUCAGGGAUGCAAUGAGAGUCCUGCUGUUCUACCGCCACAGGAUGCAGGUAGCAUUCGCCUUACAAUAUUCGAGGCACGCGGCGAUGGCCUAAUCGCCUCUGGCACCGAGGGUGCUUCAGGCUUUGCGGCACUCACAUCUCAGUGGAGAAAACACGGCCGUAAUCCGUGGUAUCACAUCAAGACGUACGAAACAUCUUCGCCCGCAUGUGUACAUAAAUACAUCCGUGUCUUUGAGGGCCAGAACCAGAGACGCCAAGUCAAAAUCGAAUGCCGUACUUUUGUACUUCCUAAGCUCGCUGAAGCACUUGCCAAUAACCCCCCUGCUCAUCACUUCCUUCUAGCAACGAGACUAUAUAUGGAACUCGAAGCACUUGACGUCUAUUAUCGCCCCAUCAGAGCCGAUCAAAACUGGAAACAAUCCCUUCUCUUGCAGUUCCACCACGCAUGCCUAUGCUCCUUCUCCGGUUUCCUCGCGACUCUAAUCUUUCAAGAUAAGAGAGGAAGGGAGGGUGAUAUUGAUCCCGCGUGGGCCGAGUUGCGUGGGUGGAAUCUCAAAGAGAUCACCAAAUAUUCGUACGCGUGCCGAAGUCUGCGGGAGAUGGGUGAAGAACUUGUCUCAACCACCGAAUCGUUGAUCGACGUCGUCAAAGGUUCACCUACAGUGGCUGGAGCCCCCCAAGCGGCGAUCAAAUUCAUGGUCAUCGAGGCAGAGUUACGUGGCUAUUGCCGAGAAGUCAAGGAGCGACUGCAGAAGCUCUCAGGUGGUCUUGAGCACGAUCUCAAGUUUCUCGAACUGGCCAGAAACGUAAACCAGGCUCGGGGCGUUCAGCAGCUUACACUUCUUGCCACCAUCUUUCUGCCACUUUCACUCGCCGCUGGGGUCCUCAGCAUGCAAACCCGGUUCAAAGAUCUGGGAAGCCUACUCUACGACUUCUUUGGGGUUGCGAUGUUGCUCGGGGCCACUGUCGUCAUUAUCUUCAUAAUCAUGACCAUCAUUGCUAUCAUCAAGGAAGCAGAUGGGAAACUGACGCGGUAUUUCGCGUAUAGGGAAAGGCUUCGACACAUAGUUAUCAAUCUGCUGAUACUCAGCCUAUUCUCAUACGGCAGUCUGGUUCUCUCCUCAUUUCUCGUUGGCAUGUUCAAGGAUGUUCCUCUCGGUGCCAAAACCAAAGAAGCAACCGGCAAAGAAAACGAGAGUGGAUGGCCCAGAAGGUGGUGCAGUCGAAGACAGUGA